AUGGAGCGGGGUGCGGCUCCUGUCCUGGUGUGUUACAUAAAGGAGGAUCUGUGGGGGACUUGCAGACAGAUCGUCCUGGACAGACUUGGCAAACACGGAGACUGGCAAAUCGGGAAGACUAAGAUCUUCCUCAAGGACCACCACGACAUUAAGCUGGAGAUGGAGAGGGACAAAGGCAUCACAGACAAAGUCAUCCUGAUCCAGAAGUCUGUGCGAGGACACCGUGAGAGGACCACCUUCCUGAAGAAGCGUCAUGCAGCCACAGUGAUCCAGACGGUGUGGAAGGGCUACAGGUGUAGAAGGAACUUCCACAAGAUGAAAAGGGGUUUUCUGCGUCUUCAGGCCGUGUACAGGUCCCGCAGGUUCCACCAGAGUUACCUUCAGACCCGGCAGACCGUGACCCGGAUCCAGGCCCGCUGCAGGGGCUUCCUUAUCCGCCAGGCCUUCUGGAGACGAGUGAGGGCCGUGGUCACUCUGCAGGCCCACACUAGAGGCAUGAUCAGCAGGAGACUGUGCCAGCGCCUGAGGACCGAGCGGGAGAAGCGUGUGGCAGCAGAGAAGCAGCGUCUGGAGGAGGAGGCGCAGCUGCAGAGCCUGAUGACAGCUCGCCGGGCCAGAGAGGAGGCGCAUCGGAAGCACCAGGAGAGGCUGGACCUCCUGGCCCAGCAGAGCGAGGACCAGGCCCGCGAGGACAAGGACGAGGCCAGGCGUAAGAAGGAGCUGUUGGAGCAGGUGGAGAGGGAGCGGGAGGAGCCGGUGGACCACUCUGACAUGGUGGACAUCAUGUUCGGCUUCCUGGGACACCCCGGAGCUCCAACCAAUCAGAGCGGACAGCCCCCUGCGGCUUUUCAGGACCUGGUGAAGCCCAGUCUGGCCGUGGAGGCGGACGAGCUGCUGGACCAGGCGCCUCCGUUACCUGCAGAGGACGAUGAGGACCUGGACCUGUCCGACUUCAAGUUCUCCAAAUUUGCAGCAACGUACUUCCAGGGCCUGUCCUCUCACACCUACAUCCGCAGAGCCCUCAAACAGCCUCUGCUCUUCCACGAGGACGAAGGGGACCAGCUGGCGGCGCUAGCGGUGUGGGUCACCAUCCUGCGCUUCAUGGGAGACCUGCCCGAGCCCAAGUGUCAGCUCGUCAUCAACGACGGCAGCGAAAAGAUCCCAGUGAUGACCAAGAUCUACGAGACUCUGGGAAAACGCAGCUACAAGAGAGAGCUACUGGAGCUGCAGGCGGAAGAGGAGCUCAAUAUCAGCUCUGUCGACAGCCAGAAGAGGAACAGUGUGCGCCACAAGCUCAUCUCACUCACACUGAAGAAGAAGUCCAAGAUCACCGAGGAGGUGAGCCGGCAGCUGAGGGAGGGUGACUACAGCCUUCAGGGGAACAGCAUGUUGGAGGAGAGGCCUACGUCCAACCUGGAGAAACUACACUUCAUCAUCGGCAAUGGCAUCCUGCGGCCGGCCCUCAGGGAUGAGAUCUACUGUCAGAUCUGUAAACAGCUGAGUCAGAACCCGUCCAAGAGCAGCCACGCCCGCGGCUGGAUCCUGCUGUCGCUGUGCGUGGGCUGCUUCGCUCCCUCCGACAAGUUUGUCAAAUACCUGCGGAGCUUCCUGUUGAAUGGACCUCCUGGAUAUGCUCCGUAUUGUGAGGAGAGACUGAGGAGGACCUUUGUGAACUGCACACGCACACAACCUCCAUCCUGGUUAGAGCUGCAGGUGAGACACACAACUACACUCAACUGA